GGUUGGGGCCGGGGCGGCGGCGGAGGAGGAUGCUGCGGCAGGCGCUGCACGGCGGGCUGCGCUCCUUCUGCCGCCAGCUGGGCUUGUUCGUCAGCCGCCACCCGGUCUUCUUCCUCACCGUGCCGGCCGUGCUGACGCUGGUCUUCGGCUUCAGCGCGCUCAGCCGCUUCGAGCCCGAGCGCGACCUGGAGCGCCUGGUGGCCCCCAGCCACAGCCUGGCCAAGAUCGAGCGGCGCCUCGCCGACAGCCUCUUCCCCCUCGAGCGCGCCAAGGGCCGCCUCUACUCCCACCUCCACACCCCGGGCCGCUAUGGCCGCGUCCUCCUGCUCGCCCCGCCCGGCGCCAACAUCCUCGCCCGGCCCGCCGCCCUCCUGCGCCUCCACCGCGCCGUCCUCGACCUCAAGGUGAGCCACCGCGGCUACAACUACUCCUUCGCCCACCUCUGCGUCCGCCGCGCCCACGACAAGCAGUGCGCCCUCGACGACAUCGUCGCCCUCCUCGACGAGCUCCGCCAGGCCCCCCUCGCCAACAAGAGCGCCGCCGCCGCCGCCGCCCGGGGCAGCCUCACCUACCCCAACACCAAGCUCAAGGACGGGAGGACCAGUUUCAUCGGCCACCAACUUGGCGGAGUCCUGGAAGUCCCCAACAGCAAGGACCAGCGGGUGAAGUCGGCCCGAGCCAUCCAGAUCACGUACUACCUCCAGACCUACCAUUCGGCAGCCCAGGACCGAAUCGGCGAAAAAUGGGAGAACGAAUUUUGCAACUUAAUGCGCAAGCUGCAGCUUAGCUACGAGGACCUGCAGCUGUACGCUCUGGCCUCUUUUAGCCUGUGGAGGGAUUUCCACAAGACCAGCUUCCUGGCCAGGGGCAAGAUCUUGGUCAGCCUGAUGCUGAUCCUGUUGACGGCCAUCAUCUCCAGUUCCAUGAAAGACUGCCUUCGCAGCAAGCCCUUCCUGGGCCUCUUGGGCGUCCUCACCGUCUGUAUCUCCAGCGUCACCGCAGCAGGGAUCUUUUUCAUUACCGAUGGAAAAUACAACUCGACGCUCCUGGGAAUCCCUUUCUUCGCAAUGGGUCACGGAACGAAAGGAGUGUUUGAACUUCUGUCGGGAUGGCGCCGCACCAAAGAGAGCUUGCCCUUCAAAGACAGAGUUGCAGACGCCUACUCUGAUGUCAUGGUUUCCUACACAAUGACGAGCUCUCUGUACUUCAUCGCCUUUGGCAUGGGUGCCAGUCCUUUCACCAAUAUCGAAGCCGUCAAAAUCUUCUGCCAGAACAUGUGCGUCUCCAUCCUGCUGAACUACUUCUAUAUCUUUUCCUUCUUUGGCUCGUGCCUGGUCUUUGCCGGGCAGUUGGAGCAGAACCGGUACCACAGCAUCUUCUGCUGUAAGAUCCCCUCGGCAGAAUAUUUGGAGAGGAAGCCCGUUUGGUUCCAGACCAUGAUGAGCGAUGGUCACCAGCACACUUCUCAUCAUGAGACCGACCCUUACCAGAACCAUUUUAUCCAACACUUCCUAAGGGAACACUACAACGAGUGGAUUACUAACAUCUACGUCAAACCAUUUGUGGUGAUUCUGUAUCUCAUCUAUGCCUCUUUCUCGUUCAUGGGCUGCUUGCAGAUCAGCGACGGGGCCAACAUUAUCAACCUCCUCUCCAGCGAUUCACCGAGCGUGUCCUACGCGGUCAUCCAGCAGAAGUACUUCAGUAACUACAGCCCAGUGAUUGGCUUUUACAUCUACGAGCCCCUGGAAUACUGGAACAGCACGGUGCAAGAAGACCUAAAGAAACUCAGCGAAGGCUUCAACACGUUGUCCUGGCUUCAACAAUAUUACCAGUAUCUGAGAGCCGGGAACAUCAGUGCUACCAACAAGACUGAGUUCCUCAGUAUCCUCCAAAACUCCUUUUUGAGGAAGCCGGAAUUCCAGCACUUCAAGAGUGACAUCAUUUUCUCCAAGGCCGGUGACGAGAACAGCAUCAUUGCUUCCCGCAUGUAUCUCGUGGCUAGGACUAGUGAAAAAACCCAGAGGGACGUGAUAGAGUUGUUGGAAAAGCUGAGGCCUCUGUCUCUGAAGCAGAGCAUCAAGUUCAUCGUCUUCAAUCCAACCUUUGUUUUCAUGGACCAAUAUAGCCUAUCAGUGACGAUGCCCGUCUUGAUUUCAGGUUUUGGCAUCUUGCUGGUGCUACUGCUGACUUUCUUCCUGGUUAUCCACCCUCUAGGGAACUUCUGGUUGAUUCUCACGGUCACCUCCAUUGAGUUGGGUGUUCUGGGGCUGAUGACUUUAUGGAAUGUCGACAUGGAUUGCAUUUCUAUCUUGUGCCUUAUUUACACUUUGAAUUUCUCCAUAGAUCACUGUGCGCCCCUGCUUUACACAUUCGUACUGGCGACGGAGCACACCCGAACUCAGUGCAUCAAAAGUGCGCUGCAAGAACACGGGACGGCCAUUUUGCAGAACGUGACUUCUUUUCUUAUCGGGUUGGUCCCCCUCCUUUUCGUGCCUUCGAACUUGACCUUCACACUGUUCAAAUGCUUGCUGCUCACUGGCAGUUGCACACUCCUGCACUGUUUUGUUAUUUUGCCCGUCUUCCUAACAUUUUUCCCACCCUCCAAAAAGCACCACAAGAAAAAGAAACGGGCCAAACGGAAGGAGAGGGAAGAGAUUGAGUGCAUAGAAAUCCAAGAAAAUCCUGAUCAUGUGACUGCAGUCUGAAGGGUCACACAAACAUGCGUAUAUUUUUUUAACACACACACACGCGCAAAAUGUUGCACUGAACUGCAGGGAACGUAGAGGAAAGAUCUCUGCUGCUUGCGCUGGCCGUGCAGAACGAGGCAAAGGACACUCCGGACAGGGGGCAUUUUUUUUCUGAACACAGAGGUGAA